AUGGCCUUUCCGUUAGGCAAGAUCACUAUCAUUGUCGGAGCAGGCCUUAUUGGGUCUGUAUUAGCUAAGGAAGGGCGAAUGCCAACUGUCUCUGAUGCCUUCUCCGGUGCCUUUAAGGUUUGGCGGCAAAUUAGUAAUGGUGAAUCUGGCACUUCAAAACCUAAAGUUCGAGAUGAUGCUCUGAUUCAACAGGUUAGUAACCUUCGCGAGCAGAUGCAACUGAUGGUUGCAAACAGGUCAAUCACAGUCGUGACAUCAAAUGGCACUGGUUCCAACAGAUAUGGCAUCAUUAUAGUUGUUAUAAGCAUUGGAUAUGGUUACGUUUGGUGGAAGGGUUGGAAGCUCUCUGAUAUGAUGUUUGCAACAAAACGCAGUUUGUCUGAUGCUUGUGAUAAUGUAUCAAAAAAACUUGAAAAUGUUUACUCUUCAAUUGCGGCGACGAAGCGUCAUUUAUCUUCAAGAAUCGAUGGUGUGGAUGGCAAACUAGAUGAAUGUGUGGGUAAUACUGCAGCCACUAGAGAGGAGGUAUCUAAACUUAGAGGGGACCUGAAAGUGAUGGGUGUUGAUGUUGAGUCAGUUCACCAUGUUGUCCGAUCCCUGGAAACCAAGAUCAGUAGAAUUGAAGGAAAACAGGGUGAAACACUAUUUGGGGUUGGGAAGUUGGUCACCUUUGUUAAAAACCUUGAAGCAAGCAGAGGCUUUGAUCCUAUUGAGGCAGGAUAUUCUGGCGCCUCACGAACUACCUCGCUGCCGGCUCUUGAAAUUGCACCAGGAACUCCAGAUAGGGCUAUGUCAUUGCCUCACAGUUCUAGACUGGAACUUCCAUCUCCCUCUACUUCAAAUGGGUCCACAAAGCCUCCAUUGCAAGGAUCAAUCAGUAACUCUGGCCUCAAGGUUCGUGAGUUGUCAGAUGGCGUCGAGGUAGUGGAACUAUCAAGGCAUCAAAGCAGUCCUCCGAUUGUCAACGGUAUUGGCCCCUCAGAUGUGGGAACGAGCGAACCUUUUCCAGGUUCUGGUGGUUUCUUUAACCUGAAGUCUGGAGGCAGUGCUACUACCAUCAACAUGGUUAGAAGAAGCUGUAGUGCGAAGCUCUCCUUCAAUAUCUAA